AUGUUUUAUCAAUUCUGGUUAACAACAUUGACACUGUUAUUACAACAAGCCUCUGUAAUAUUUGCUAAACAAUUCUCAUACCUGUCGAUAAAGUCCCCAAAUUAUAAGGGUCACCAUGAUGUAUCGUCGCUAUCAGAUGUAGUGUCUAAAUUGAGUGCUCAUGAACCGUUAAUUAUCUUUGAUUUUGCUAGUCCAGAAUUGUUAGAAGAAGUUGUGUCAUCAGAUAAAACAUAUCCAUUUUUAUCCAAUUUUCUAACCAACGAUGUGGCUCCCAUAGUAUCUGAUGAUGAGUCUAUUGAAUUUGAAAAUGAUCCAAGGAUUGAGGUAUUUGAACUAGAUGAAGUUCCAUUGAGUCUUUCUACAAUUCUUUACGAUUUCACUAAUACGGACAAAUACAUCUUCUUAUUCAAAUUAAAGAAUGCCAAAUACGAUGCAGCUGUGCUAGAUGAAUUUUUAGAGUCUACUUGCGUAUUUCUACGGGAGACUUUGGCAGAAGUUGAAAAUAUUAUUGUCAAUGUUCGUGGACUAGAUACCCUCCACCAAACUCAUGGUCAAGUAAAGAAAGAUCAUGAUGAUGACAAUGAUGAUAAGGAUAUUUUGAGUAACACUUGGACUGAAGGUCUUCUAAUGUGUCUUCUAGUUUCUGCACUUCUAUUGGGCAUCCUAUUCGUUGCCAUUUCAUGGACCUGGAAUAUUGAAAUUAGUUACGGUGGUCUAGAGAGACCUUCAAAUCCAAUUAAAAAGAAUAAUUAG